CACGGCCCGGCACACUCGCCGCCCGACCGCCCGGCGCCGCGCACGUACCGCCGCCCGAGAGCCCGCUACUCACGCGCUCCUGUGACAAACACGAAACAUGUGCUAAGUGACCACUCCACAAUGAAGGGCCGACAUCAAUUCCGACGCAGGUUCAGCUUGCAACCGUCGUUCUUAAAGGAAGAACACGAAGACGAGAGGAGGCCCCACAGGACCGAGCGAACAGAAGAGACAGUCCCUAGUAGCGCCAACCUCACCAACAAUGCAGUGCGCCAUAAAAUUGUCGUGCUAGGGGCCGCCAAAGUUGGCAAAUCGUCGCUGAUAACACAAUUCCUCUACAACACGUUUUCUCCUAAGUACAAACGAACAAUUGAGGAAAUGCACCAUGGAGACUUCAAUGUCGCUGGAGUUAGAUUGACAUUGGAUAUUUUAGACACAUCAGGAGCUUACGAAUUUCCUGCCAUGAGGGCUUUGUCUAUGCAAUCGGCGGAUGCCUUCAUACUAGUAUACGAUAUCACGGAUCCUGACAGCUUCGCAGAGGUGCGGACGUUACGGGAUCAGAUACAUGAGACGAAAGCCAGCACGGCCGUGCCAAUAGUGGUGGUGGGGAACAAGGUAGACUUGGCGGAGACAGGAGCAAGACAGGUUGAUUUCCACACAACCGAGUCCGUGGUCACCGUCGACUGGGAGAACGGAUUCGUGGAGGCUUCAGCCAAAGACAACAUGAACGUGUCCCAGAUCUUCAAGGAGCUGCUGGUGCAGGCCAAAGUGAAGUACAACCUGUCCCCGGCGCUGCGCCGGCGCCGGCGCCAGUCCCUCCCCACCGGGCCGCACGGCGCGCCCGGCACUCCCCCCACCACUGCCCCCCACGUACCCUCGCCCGCGCAGCUCGCGCACCUUCAACAGAUUAGAGAACGGCAUGCUAACAGCAAACGCAACUCUUGCGUCAUUUCUUAAAGUUCGAAACCAACUUGUAGGCUCUCAAUUUUAAUAUAACGCGGAUACGUGGUAAAUAUCACAAAAAGAUUCUUC